AUGGAUCUAUUCAGCAUUUUAGAUACAGCGCCAGAACCUGCGAUCGUAGAUGCUAAAACUAUGGGAGUAUCUGGAGAUACUUCAGGCGAUUAUUGGCUACCAGCUCCAAUGUGUUUAUAUCAGAAGGAGCUUACAGAUCAGAUCGUAUCGUUGCAUUAUUCUGAUAUAUUGAAAUAUUUUGAAACUUCAGACUAUAAGGAGGAUAUUGUGCUGCAGUCGAUGAAAACUAUGUGUUUAAAUAGUCAGUUGGUUGCUACUCAUCCAUACCUGUUGAUUGAUCAUUUUAUGCCUAAAUCACUACUUACCAAAGACAUUCCAGUUCAUCUUGCUGAAACUAGUGGUAAAUUUGCAGUUUUACGGGAUUUGUUAACUUUGGUGCAAGAAUACCAUACAAAUACGCUGAUUGUCUGCAGACCUGGCCGAACGAUGGAUUUGGUUGAAGCUUUACUUCUCGGUAAUAAGGUGAAUAUUAAACGCUAUGAUGGCCAGUCGAUCAAGUCCAAGCAAAAGAAGACCAAAUUUCCGUGUACCUGUCACCUGUUGCCUUCAGAAACGACGGAUGCUAGUAAACUGGUAAUAGACGAAAACAUCCGAUUAGAUCUUAUGAUUUGUGUUGAUCCUACAGUUGAUACUAGUGUGGAUUAUAUUCAACGUAUACUGAAACUACAGAAACCUGCGUAUCGGUUGCAGAGUAUAAUCCCUACUAUAAGACUGACAGUUAUUAACUCUAUUGAUCAUUGCGAGUUGUAUUUUGGUAAAAAAUUUGAUAGAAAUACGAGGGAGUAUGUUGUAAAUGUGAGUGCUGCUAUGGUAGUGUUGAGAGAUGUAGUUGGCACCUUGCCUCCUGAUUUGAGGCCUAUUUACUCUCAAAAUCUACGUUAUUUGGCAGAUUGGUUAAAUAUUCCCGAAUCGCCAUGGCCUUUGCCAGAUAUAUACCCGAUCAAGAUCUACACUGCAAUGGAUGUUGAGAGGUCGCUAUUAACAGAAGUUAAAUAUAGUCAAACAAACGACUCUUUGGAAGAGGCCUUUCUAAGUAAUGGGAAGAAACGCCUACAAAGAUAUACUGGACAAGACUCAAUAGCGAACUCAGAGCAAUCAUAUUACCAGGUGAAACGGCUAAAGAAGGACUACAUUACCAAUCCGCUUAAGCAAGACAUGGCACAAUUGACGGGGAUAUCUGACCUAAAAGUUAAAUCCGCUGUUAAUGAUCAUCUUGGCAGUGACAUUCUUACUCAUAGACUAAUCCAGAACAUGGGUGUUGUUUACAGUAAUCUGAAGAUAGGAAGUAAAGAAUUAAUGCAUUUCGAUAUGGUCAAAUUUAACCAAGGAAACCUACUAGCUGUGCAUGAAAAAAACCAUUUAGAUAUCAAGACCCAGUUGGAAGAAUCAAAUAGGCUUAUAGAACAAAAUGAAUCACAAGUUGAAGAAUGCCUGCGAAAUUCCGACAGAAGGCGUUUAGAUAUUGAGAGAGAGGAGGCUGAACUCCAAACGCUACUUUCGGAGUUAGCGGCUCGGUCGCCUGAUUUAAAAGACUUGGUUGUCAGAAUUGCUGAAGCUAGCGAUGAGCUGAAGUCUGUUAAACAGCUCAUUACUUCUAAAGACACAGAAAUGAACUAUAUACAGGAAGAAAUUAGAAGGGCUAAGCAAGCUAUAAGUGAGAAUGUCACAGACAGUGAACAAAUAGAACAAGACAUAAAACAGCUGGAAGUUCAGUUGAGUGAGGAGUUUGCAAAAGAUAAGGGAGAAUACGAGCUCUUACAGAAGGAUAUUGCAAAGUUGCGUGAAGAAAUAUCCACUGAAAAUGAUAGUGUGGAAGCAACCCGUCAACAAAUGAGUGAUAUAAUGCAAACUCUAAGACAGCUACAGACACCUAGAGUAAGGUCAUCUGUGAACGGUACUAAGGCUAAGAAUAGAGGAUAUGUAUAA